AUGGUUGCUGUCCAAGCGAAACCUGAUGGCUCCGGCAUGGACCUUUCCAAAUACAUCACACCAUGGAAGUUGGAUGUCCAGAACAUAUAUUUACUGAGAAACUCGGCAAUCGUUGAUCCUGUGACGGGAACUGUUCGAAAGAAUGCGACCAUUGGCCUUUCCGGUGGGAAGAUAGCGUUCGUCGAAGACAACGGCUCAUCCCGGGUCAACACGCUCGAGGUCGAGCCGCAUAAUGACAUCGACUUGCAGGGCAAGUUCGUCUGCCCCGGCUUGAUCGACUGCCACGUUCACAUUGCCGUCACCCCCGGGGCGGCUAGUCUAUCGUCGUACCGCGACAUGACCGAGACCAAGAGCCUCCUGCGGCAGCCCAGCGUCCUAAAGUCCAUGCUUCACCGCGGCUUCACGACCGUGAGGGACUGCGGAGGCGCGACCUUGGCGAUGAAAGAGGCCAUCGAGGAAGGGAUUCACCCUGGCCCGCGUCUCUUCAUCUCUGGCAAGGCCCUCUCUCAGACCGGGGGUCACGGCGACAUGCGGGGGCGACACGACACGAUUCCCUGCUGCGGCGGUGCGGUGUCGGGCAUCAGUCGUAUCGUGGACGGCGUGCCGGAAUGCUAUCGGGUCGCACGAGACGAGCUGCGACAGGGCGCCGACUUCAUCAAGAUCAUGGGCGGCGGUGGUGCCGCCAGCCCGACAGACCGCAUCGACCAGCUUCAGUUCUCCGACGAUGAGAUCAGGGCCAUCGUCACGGUUGCGAAGAAUGCAAAGACCUAUGUCACCAGCCACUGCUACACAACAGAGGCAGUCAGGCAGGCCAUCGCCCAAGGCGUCAGGGGCAUUGAGCACGGCAACAUGAUUGAUCUCGAGACGGCGAAGCUAAUGGUCGAGACGGGCACAUUCCUGACGCCGACGCUCGUCACCCAUUUCGUGUCCAAGGAGCUGCAUUUCCUCGAUCCCGAAUCGGAGGCCAAAGUCACUACUGUCCUGGAAAGGGGCCUGGCCACGCUCAAGAUGGCAACCGAAGUUGGUGUUACCAUCUGCUUCGGCACGGAUCUGCUGGGACCGACUCAUUUCGCGCAGAGCAAGGAGUUCUCAAUCCGCAGCCAGGUUCAGACGCCAACUCAAGUUCUGCAGAGCGCGACCAUCAACGCCGCAAGGAUGCUAGGACAGGAGGGAAAGCUGGGCCAGAUCAAAGAAGGGUUCACGGCGGAUCUGCUGGUCCUGAAUUGUAAUCCUCUAGACAAUAUCUCAGUGUUGGAUAAGCCAGAGGAGUCUGUCUUGGUUGUAGUGAAGGACGGCAGAGUUAUGCAUUCGCAGCUGACCUCUAUGGGGAGCACAGAGAAGGAUUAG